AUGCGGCUUUCUUUUACACCACUUGACGGGGAUGUCUUUGCUUUGGAUGUUCCAGACGAUACGGUAGUCUCGGGUCUCAAGUUGUUAGUUAGUGUCGAGUGUGGGACUCCAGAAAACAUGUUUAUUUUGAUGAAGGAUGGUCAACCCCUUCCUACUACAGACAAGCAAUUGAAGGAUGUCGGAUUAAAAGAAGAUGACCUUAUCAUCCUUUUUCCUGCUGCUCAACAAUCAAUUCCGCCAGCCUCAAACUCAAGGCCGGGUACCGCUCCAAGUGGGCCACGUUUAGACUUUUCAUCUGUUAGACUUCCUGGCACCGGACCUCCCGUACCAAACAAUGAGGCUGAAACGAUUCGUCAGACUAUUCUGAAUGGACCCCCACAUCUACGUUCUUUGCUAGGUGAACGAAACCCAGAACUUGCAUCCGUGCUUAACGAUCAAGCUUCGUUUGCUCGUGUUUAUGAAGCACAGCGUACACAAGAAACGCGCCGCCGAGAGGAGCUUAAUCUGGUCAUGAACGCCGAUCCACUUGAUCCAACAACUCAGGCUAGAAUUGCUGAACUGAUAAGACACAAGAACAUUGACCAACAUAUGGAGACAGCACUCGAGCACUAUCCCGAAACGUUCGCGCAAGUCUCCAUGUUGUUUGUACAGUGUAAAGUGGGCAAUCACCCUAUCAAGGCAUUUGUGGACUCAGGUGCCCAAAGUACCAUAAUGAGCGAACGUUGUGCUCAACGCUGCAACCUUGAGCCGUGGAUAGACAAGAGAUGGGCCGGUAUGGCCUAUGGAGUGGGAACACAAACUAUCAUCGGACGUGUGCACAAUGGCCAAAUAGAAAUUGGUGGAGCUUUCUUACCGACGUCUUUCAUUGUACUGAAAGAUCAACAGCUGGAUCUCAUGAUCGGUUUGGAUAUGCUCAAGCGUCAUCAGUGCUGUAUUGAUCUGAAUCGAAAUGUUCUCACUCUAGACGCGGGGCGUUUGCAAACACCAUUCUUGCCAGAAUCUGAAAUUCCACUUCAUAUGCGGCAUGCUGAACUAAUGUCCAAUGAUCAAGCUUCCUUGCCGACCCAGCAAAUGCUCGACUUUGAAGCAACCGACAUUCGAUACAAAUGGAGCGCAGAGGAAGUGCCAUUUCUGUUUGUUUUUGAUGAUCCACAUCAAAUUACCAGAUUCAUAAAGGAUCUCCGUAUCAAAGACGUUUUUCGUAUUGUGCUUGAUGCCAUUGCGAUACCACUGACCAACGUUUUAAGGUCACCUGAAACCUAUCCGUUUAUGGAGCUCACGUUUCACGACGUCAAAUACGUUCACAAAUUCCGGGACUAUGUGUUCCAGUUGCCCGACCUUGCGACCAAAAAUAAGGGGACGCUUGUUGCUGGAACAAAAAGCCUGAGGAUCUAUUCGGGUGAGAGAUUGCCGAAUUACAUAGUUGCCACGCAGUGGACCCAUAAAGAGUACUUCGCACAGUACCUUCAGGAUGUGGAAGACCUACUCAACGGAGAACAAUAUGCAUGCACGGUGCGUGUACUUUUCACCGUUACACCGCACUACGCUCCUCCUGAUAUUUAAAGACUUCAAUAUCAGAAGUCAGCAAAAGGUAACACGAGG